GGAAAAUUUAUCUUUCAUUUGAUUCAGUUGACUAGAGGGAAUAGAGAGAGCGGAGGGAAGGGAAAAGAUAGAGCGGAGGGAAUAUACUUAGAAAAAUGGCAUAAUAGCUAAAUAAUUUUUAAAAUAUAAAGAUCUAAGUGGUAAUAAGUAAUAAAAUUUAGUGAUUAAAUAGUAAAUUAUUCUUUAUAAAAAAUUUACUUGCAAAAAGCACCUUUAUUUCCACUAAUUUGCACUAUAACCCAUAUUUCUAAGAAUUGAAAUCUAAUUUGUUUCGAACCAGACGCAAUGAAACAUGAAUUGAAUUCCAUAAAUAAUUGAAUUGAACCAAACAAGCUCUUACCAUUCCUCCUCUCAAACAGUGUAAAAUGGUUAAUGCCUUGGCAAACAAAGCGGAGAUUUUGUCUCUCUACCCCCGCUUCACUUUCGUUUUCAAUCUGCUAGGGUUCUGUUUUCAUUUCUCUAGCUCCUUAUCCACUGUAGUGUCCAUAAAUAAGCUUUGGGCAUUGAAUGUUUAGGGGCUGUUAAGGAAUUUUCAGGGAGUUGUCAGCUAGUACUUGAGUCGAUUAAUUGGGAAGCAAGGAGAAGAAGUGGAUUGAUUUUAGUUAUUUCUUUGUGGGGUUGUGUUGUAGUUGGCUUUUCUGGGAUAUAUGUUCUUGGUGAACUGAAAUGAGUGUGGUUGGGUUUGAUAUCGGUAAUGAAAACUGUGUCAUUGCUGCUGUGAAACAACGGGGUAUUGAUGUGUUGUUGAAUGAUGAAUCAAAACGUGAAACGCCAUCUGUGGUGUGUUUUGGGGAGAAACAGCGGUUUCUUGGGACUGCUGGGGCUGCUUCUGCUAUGAUGAACCCAAAAUCCACUAUAUAUCAAUUGAAGAGAUUGAUUGGCCGGAGUUUUACAGAUCCUGAUGUUCAAAACGAGCUUAAAAUGUUACCAUUUGAAACUUCUGGGGGACACGAUGGUGGCAUUUUAAUUCAGUUGAAAUAUUUGGGUGAGACACAUACAUUUACGCCAGUUCAGAUCAUGGCAAUGCUCUUCUCACAUUUGAAAGAAAUAACAGAGAAAAAUUUGGAAAUGCCUGUUACUGAUUGUGUGAUUGGGAUACCAUCAUAUUUCACAGACUUACAGAGACGGGCAUAUUUGAGUGCUGCAGAAAUUGCUGGGUUGAAGUCUUUGAGAUUGAUGCAUGAUUGUACUGCAAUAGCGCUUAGCUAUGGGAUUUACAAAACUGACUUCCCCAAUGCAGGGCCAACAUAUGUUGCAUUUGUGGACAUUGGUCACUGUGAUAUGCAAGUAUCUAUUGUAUCAUUUGAAGCUGGGCAUAUGAGGAUUCUAUCCCAUGCUUUUGAUAGCAACUUAGGAGGAAGGGAUUUUGACGAGGUUUUGUUUAGUUAUUUUGCCUCACAGUUCAAGGAGCAUUACAAAAUAGAUGUGUAUUCUAAUGUAAGGGCGUGUAUUAGGUUAAGGGCAGCAUGUGAGAAGUUGAAGAAGGUUUUGAGUGCAAAUGCAGAGGCACCUCUAAAUAUUGAGUGCUUGAUGGAUGAGAAAGAUGUUAAAGGUUUUAUUAAGAGAGAGGAAUUUGAGAGGCUGGCUUCAGGAUUAUUGGAGAGGAUAAGUGUUCCCUGCAAGAAAGCUUUAGCUGAUGCUGGGAUACCUGUGGGGAAGAUCCAUUCCAUUGAGCUUGUUGGCUCAGGGUCUAGAAUACCGUCUAGUACUAAGUUGUUAGCUUCUCUAUUUGGAAGAGAACCCAGCCGGACACUGAAUGCAAGUGAAUGUGUGGCACGAGGAUGUGCCCUCCAGUGUGCAAUGCUUAGUCCAGUUUUUCGAGUCAGAGAAUACGAGGUUCAAGAUUCGCUUCCUUUCUCUAUUGGAUUUUCAUCAGAUAAAGGCCCAAUUGGCACAGGGUCAAAUGGCAUAUUGUUUCCAAAAGGCCAACCCAUUCCAAGUAUCAAAGUUUUGACAUUCCAGCGAAGUAAUAUAUUUCAUUUGGAAGCAUUCUAUACCAAUCCAAAUGAACUUACCCCUGAUGCCUCUUCAAAAAUUAGUUCUUUCACAAUUGGUCCUUUUCCGGGCUCCUAUAGUGAAAAGACAAGGAUUAAACUGAAAGUCCAAUUAAACCUUCAUGGCAUUGUCACCAUUGAGUCAGCUAUGUUGAUGGAAGACCACAUAGAUGAUUAUGUUAGAAGGGACAAUACUUAUCCAGAAGGAGACAAAAUGGAGGCCGACUCUGCUUUUGGUUCUUCAACAAAGCUUGCAAAUGAUGAUGAGGAUGAUGUGACAAUGCAUGCCAGAUCAUUAGAUGAUUCAGCUAAUGGCAUAACAAGAGACAAAGCUGGUCAGAGGCUUGAGAUGCCAGUUACUGAGAACAUAUAUGGUGGAAUGACUGAGGCUGAACUUUCAGAAGCUAAAGAGAAGGAAUUUCAGUUAGCUCAACAGGACAAACUUGUGGAACAAGCCAAAGACCAGAAAAAUGCCUUGGAAUCAUAUGUUUAUGAAACACGUAAUAAGCUUUUCAACACAUAUCGGAGCUUUGUCAGUGAUCGAGAGAAAGAGGGAAUCUCCAUGAGCCUAAAGGAGACAGAGGAGUGGCUUUAUGAAGAUGGUGAUGAUGAAACUGAGAAUGCAUAUACUUCAAAAAUGCAGGAUCUUAGGAAGUUGGUGGAUCCCAUUGAGAAUCGAUAUAAAGAUGUAGAAGCAAGAGCACUAGCUAAACAAGAUUUGUUAAAUUGCAUUGUGGAUUAUAGAAUGUCUGUUGAUUCUCUCCCCCCUGAGGAUAGGGAAUUGAUCAUUAAUGAGUGCAAUAAAGCUGAGCAGUGGGUGAGAGAGGGAACCGAACAACAAGAUUCCUUACCCAAGAACACCAAUCCAGGGUUAUGGUCAUCGGAGAUAAAGAGCAGGACAGAGGAUCUAAACUUGAUAUGCAAACGUAUAUUGGAAAGGAAGGGUUCUCCACGAAGUUCGGAGGACAAGAGACCAGACCAGCCGCAAUAGGUUCAAGGUGUUGAAGACCUCUCAGAAAACUUCACUUCAAUUUACACUUAUAAACAUGGCACAGUUUACACAGCCAAAUACACAAAAACUAGUAGCAGUAUUAGGAAUCCUGUUUUUCAGUAACCUGAAUGUGAGGCGCUCAUAAAGAUUGGGGGCCCUAUUGGCAUUUGAUCUAAGCACAUGGGCUAUACUCCAGAAGACAAAUUUGAAGCUUGCUUUAUUUUCACCCCUAUUUUGGGUAAUGCAAGUGUAAUCACAUUUUAUUCGUCGUUGAUUGACAAAUCACCAGUAUCAUAGGGUGCAGUGGCAAGUUUGCCUUCAGAAAUAAGUGUUGCACUUCUUUUCCCCAACUCCCUAUUCACUGGAUGCCUUGUUGUAUGACCUUACCUUUUUAUUCAAAAUUAGUUAAGGCCUUUGAAAGGAAGCUCCUGUU